AUGUAUAACGCAAAAAUGAACCCGCAAUGUUCAAAAUGUAAGGCAGCAAUUAGGAAAUAUAACUACUCCGUCAAAGAGAUAGAAAGAAUGAGAAACGACUAUGCAGACUUAAAGAAAGAAGCAGAAAAGCCAGCAGAAGAUAAAAUGGACAUGUUAGCAUUUCUGAACAAAAACUAUCCAACUGCUGACGAUUUCCUUCUAUCUGACGUCAAGAAGAAGUAUAAAGAAACCUUCGGCAUAGUUAAAACAUUCGAUGUACUAAAAGAAGAAAUAGAAGCUACAAAACUGUUUAGAGUCAUGAACCAUCGCAACAUAUACCAUGUAAAACGCUUGUAA